AUGAAGGCGGGCAUGUCUCUAGAUGAUCCUUCGAGCAAGCGCCAAGCGUAUCGUCUCAAGAAACAGGAAAAUCGGGAAGAACUGAAACAUGUAAGAAUCGAUGAAUCCAGCGCGCAAUCUGAUAAAAUAGACCUGCCCAGAAAACGGUUUUACCGUCAGAGAGCGCACUCAAAUCCGUUUUCGGACCACCAACUGGAAUACCCGUUGAGUCCCGAUGACAUGGAUUGGCAAAAACUAUAUCCUGCGUUCUACGACAAAGCUACCAACAAAAUGUCGAAAGAAGUAACGAUAGCAGAUAUUGGCUGUGGUUUCGGAGGACUGCUUAUCGAUCUUUCGCCAGAGUUCUCCGACAAUCUGAUACUAGGGAUGGAAAUUCGGGUCCAGGUUACGAACUACGUGGAGGACCGCAUAAUCGCCCUGCGAACAAAUAAUGCGGAUACCAAUGAUUAUCAAAAUAUCAGUGUUCUAAGAGGUAACUCCAUGAAGUUUUUGCCCAAUUUUUUCCACAAGGCUCAGCUAGAGAAGAUGUUCUUCUGUUUCCCUGACCCUCAUUUUAAGCAGAGAAAGCAUAAGGCAAGAAUUAUUACCAAUACUUUAUUAUCCGAGUAUGCCUAUGUGCUGAAAGAAGGUGGAAUUGUUUACACUAUCACAGAUGUCCUGGAUUUGCAUCAGUGGAUGGCGAAGCAUUUAGAAGAACAUCCGCUUUUCGAGAGACUGUCCCCUGAGUGGGAAAGCUCCGACAAGUGUGUUCAAAUCAUGAGGAACGCGACAGAAGAGGGAAAGAAAGUGGAAAGAAACAAAGGUGAUAAAUAUGUGGCCUGUUUCGUUAGAUUGCCUAAUCCAAUCAUAAUCUGA